AUGAAGGAAAGGCAUGUUUUAUUUGUUAAGGAUGUCAAGACGGUUAGAGAAGAUGUCAAUAGGAAAUUGGAAGACUUGAAGGUUAAUGUGGCCAAAGGAAUCAAUGAGUUGAAUAUAACCUACUCUUCUCUACUUUCAAAAGUAGACAUUAUUGUCGAAGCUUUAACAAAAGUGGUGCAAUGGUAUCAAUCUUUACUUCCCAAGUUUGAUGGAAAAGCAACAGUUGGUCUUAACAAUUGUGGGAAGAUUGAUACUCUGCUUCGUGAACUCAACGAGCUAAUUUCGAAAUAUAGUUCAUUUUCUCUUUUAACUCCCGAGUUCUUAACUCAGAAGUUUUGUGUGUUCGAAACAACUAUUCAGCAGGACUUGGCCCCACUGUCUCAUCUAAUCAGUCUCUUACUAACAAAUACCCCACAUGUUGUCAUAGGGGUGCAUGGCGGAGAACGAAGACUUUUUGGUAAAGGUGAAGGUGCCCAUGGGAAAACAGAUGAAGAAGUUAAGGUUGUUGUAAUGGUGUUUACAACUCAUAAUUGUGACAACCGUCAAAAUUGA